AUGAUUUUGAUCGCCUUGUUGUCUUGUUCCUCGUGUCUUGCUCGAAAGUGCAACUGCUCUUGUAAGCCGAGCAAAAAAAGUCACCAUCAUCAUCAUCGCCAUCGCCAUCACCACCACCAUCAACCUCGGCGCAAUAAUUCCAGGUUGAUCGAAGGCAGCAGCCAUGGAAGAUUAGGACAAUACCUAGAUGUCCUAAAUAUUGAAGAUUUUGGAGCCAAAGCUGAUGGAAAAACCAACAAUUUUCAAGCAUUCAAAACAACAUGGGACAAGGCAUGUAAGUCCUCUCGAUCGACAAAGAUUCUUGUGCCAAGAGACAAGACAUACUACGUGAAGCAUGCUAAUUUCACUGGACCUUGUCGCUCGGAUAUUUCUAUGGAGAUCCAAGGUACAAUCAAGGCUUUCCCUCAAAUGUACGAUGUACCAAGAAGGCUUUGGAUCAUGUUCGAGGAUGUAAGAAACAUUAAUGUCUUUGGAGGUGGAACCUUGGAUGGCAAUGGAGAAAUAUGGUGGAAGAACUCUUGCAAAAUCAAGAAAACAAAGCCAUGUCAGAGCCAAAACGCACCCACGGCCCUAACUUUCAAGAAUUGUGCAAAUUUAAGAGUAAACAAUUUGAGGCUACUAAAUGCACAACAAAUGCAUGUAAAUUUUCAAGAUUGCAACCAAGUCGAGGCUUCGGGGCUUACCGUGGUAUCGCCAAAAGAAAGCCCUAACACGGACGGAAUUCAUGUCACAAGAACAACAAACAUCAACAUUCUAAAUGCCUUAAUUCAGACAGGGGAUGAUUGUGUUUCCAUAGUGAAUGGAUCAAGAAAUGUUGGUGUGAGAAACAUAGUGUGUGGACCAGGUCAUGGAAUAAGCAUAGGAAGCUUGGGUGAAGACAAUACAGAGAAUUAUGUAUCAGCUGUAUUUGUGAAGGGAGUGAAGCUGAUAGGCACAACCAAUGGAGCCAGAAUCAAGACUUGGCAGGGAGGGAGAGGAAGUGCAAAGAACAUAGUGUUUGAGGAUAUUGAAAUGAGGGAUGUUCACAACCCAAUAAUCAUCAAUCAGUACUACUGUGACAAGAAAAAGAAUUGCCAAAGAGAGAAAUCCGGAGUGCAAGUAGAGAAGAUAGUGUACAAGAACAUCAGGGGCACAAGUGCAUCAAAAGUGGCCAUAAACUUCAACUGCAGUCAAACAGUCCCCUGCAAGAAUCUCAGGCUGGAGAAUGUUAACCUCACCCCCCAAACACAAGGGGAAAAGAUUGAAGCACUCUGCAGCAGCGCCAUCGUCAGCAAGAAGAAUUCAAUCCCAAGUUGUAAUUGA